AUGGUGGGAAUAACUCAGCUCUUUGCCAUUGCCACCGUUUGUCUUCUGUUCUUUCAAUUUCUCAAGCUAAGAAAGGCGAGUCGACAUUUUCCGCCUGGGCCAACCCCACUCCCCAUCAUCGGAGGUCUCUGGCGUUUGGACUUGAGGCUGAGCCAAGAAACUUACACCAAGAUUGCAAAGGAUUAUGGGAAGAUCUUCACCAUGUGGGUGGGACACAAGCCUAUGAUUAUCCUCAAUGGGUUCCAAGCCGUGAAAGAGGCCCUGGUCACUCACUCUGAAGAGCUCACCGGCAGGCCGGUCACACCUUUUGUGGCUGCCACAAUGAAGGGAAAAGGAGUUCUGUUUGCAACUGGUCACAUCUGGAAGCAGCAGAGGCAUUUUAGCCUGACAACUCUGCGGAAUUUGGGAAUGGGGAAGAAGGGCCUGGAGUACCGAGUGCAACAAGAGGCAAAUCAUCUGGUUGAAUUCUUCGCAAGCAAAAGAGGGCAGGCCAUGAACCCUUCCUUCGCCAUCUUCCAUACGGUCUCCAAUGUGAUCUCAUCUGUGGUGUUUGGGCAUCCCUUCUCUUAUGAUGAUGAAAACUUCCGGGAGUUGGUUAAGGCUGUUAUGUUUAUGUUCCAUUUUUUGCCCAGCCCCUUUCACAUUGCAUACGAUCUUUUCCCAUGGCUUAUGCCCUAUGUGCCUGGACCUCACCAGAAGGCUUUUGCUUGCUUGGAGUACGGACACACAUUUAUAAGGGGUGAGAUCAGAAGCCAUGAGGAGACGAGGAACCCCAACGACCCACAGGAUUUUAUUGACUACUAUCUGGAUCAGAUAGAAAAAACCAAAGAUGACCCCUACAGCACAUUCGAUGAAGAAAACAUGCUCCACGUCAUCACGGACUUCUUCGCAGCAGGGACAGAGACAACCUCCGUAACGCUUCUCUGGGCUCUCGCAUACAUGGUAGCUCAUCCUGAUGUCCAAGAGAAGGUCCAACAGGAGCUACAUGCCAUCCUGACACCUUCUCACGAAAUCCGUUAUGAGGAUCGGAAGAGGCUGCCAUAUACCAACGCUGUCAUCCACGAGGUCCAGCGAUUCUGCAAUGUUCUGCUGGUUGGAUCCUUCAGAGAAUGUAUAAAGGACAUAACCUUGCAGGGAUUUCGUAUUAAGAAGGGUACUGUCAUCAUCCCAGAUGUAGCUUCUGUCUUGUAUGACCCUGAACACUGGGAGACACCUCAUCAGUUCAACCCGAAUCACUUCCUGGAUAAGGAUGGACAUUUCUUCUGCAAGGAAGCCUUCAUUCCCUUUGCAGUAGGACAUCGUGUAUGUGUGGGUGAGCGCUUGGCACAGACUGAACUCUUCAUUGUCUUCACAAACCUUCUGCGGGCUUUUAAACUCCAACUUCCGGAAGGAAUUAAAAGUAUCAACACUGAACCAGUGACAGGGGGAUUAGCAAUGGUGCCACACCCCUAUAAGAUCUGUGCAGUUCCUUAUUAG